CUGUUGCAAACUGGAGCGAGGGCAGAUGGGAACGCCAGGCCCUACGCCGCGCGCUCGUUGGCUGGGCUGGCGCCUUGGUGCGCAUGCGCUCCCAUGCGCGCUCCCGCACAGCCCUGCGGGAGGAGCGACCGUGCUCUCUCAUGGUUCAGGGUAGGAGGUGGAGCGGGUCAGAGAAAGCCUUCGCGUCGGACCCUUGACUGAACUUGAUUAAUGGAUGCCUGGAAGUUGGUGUACAUUCAUAUUCAGAAAUGUUUUGCCACUUGAGACCUGUGAGGAGGUUAUGUCUAGAGAAGAUAUCUCCACACUGGUUUCUCUACUCAAGAUCUUUAUCAGGAGCUGAAGCAGUCAAUGCCUUGAGGCCGUUCUAUUUUGCAGUGCACCCAGAUUUCUUUGGACAGCACCCGAGAGAAAGGGAGGUCAAUGAAAAUUCUCUUAAGAGAUUAAGUGUCUACUUAGAAAACCUCCAGAAACCAGGCUUCAAGUCUUUGAAACCAACGCAGCUGACAUUUUAUGUCAGAGAAACAGACCAGAAUUCUUCUGAUGGCCAGGAACCGUUUAGUACUUCUGGAUUUCGAGCAGUCGAAUUUACUUUGCAUACCAGAGACCUGCUAAGCACAGUAUUAGAUAUUCUCAACUCCUGCAGUUUAUCUACUGAACAUCUCCAAAGCUUGAAUACUCAUGUGCAUUCCCAGCCUCUGCGGCAAGCUAGAAGGCCGCCUGACAGGCCUAUCAAGUGGGACAAGUCUUAUUACUCCUUUACUGGAUUCAGGGACCCUGAUGAAGACCUCGAGCAAGUUUCAAGAGUGGAAACAACCCUAAUAUCCUGGUUAGAUCACAAUGAAAAAAGUGCUGUUAAAAAGCUGAAGAAUAGUUUGCCACUUAGAAGAGAACUAGAUCGUCUGAAAGAUGAACUGUCUCAUCAAUUGCAGCUCUCAGAUAUCAGGUGGCAGAGGAGCUGGGGGAUCGCCCAUCGCUGUAGCCAGCUGCAUAGUUUAGGCCGAUUAGCACAGCAGAACUUGGAAGCACUUAAAACUGCAAAAGGAUGUACACUAAUAUUUACAGACCGUUCCGGAAUGAGUGCCAUGGGCCAUGUGAUGCUGGGAACAAUGGAUGUCCAUCAUCAUUGGACAAAACUUUUUGAAAGAUUGCCAAGUUAUUUUGACCUUCAGAGGAAGCUGAUGCUUUUAGAAGACCAAAUAAGCUAUCUUCUAGGUGGCAUACAAGUUGUUUAUAUUGAAGAAUUACAGCCAGUAUUGACAGUUGAAGAAUAUUACUCUCUUCUUGAUGUGUUCUAUAACAGACUGUUGAAAAAUAGAAUACCUUUUCAUCCUCGAAGUCUGCGUGGUUUACAAAUGAUCCUUAACAGUGAUAGAUACGCUCCAAGCUUGCAUGAACUCGGGCAUUUUAACAUUCCAGCCCUCUGUGAUCCAGCAAGCCUCCAAUGGUUUAUUCUCACCAAAGCCCAGCAGGCAAGAGAGAACAUGAAACGAAAGGAAGAGUUAAAGGUUAUUGAAAGUGAAUUGAUACAGGCUUCAACAAGGAAAUUUUCUCUGGAGAAGUUAUAUAAGGAGCCCAGCGUUUCUAGUAUACAAAUGGUAGAUUGUUGUAAGAGACUGCUAGAACAAUCAUUGCCUUAUCUCCAUGGGAUGCAUCUCUGCAUUUCACAUUUUUACUCUGUUAUGCAAGAUGGAGACCUUUGUAUUCCUUGGAAUUGGAAGACUGGAGAAGCCACUAAGUAAGACAGAAAUCUGUAUUACUUUUUAAAGAGAUAAGCAAAACACUUUUAAGUUAAAUUUAUUUAAAUCCACAAUUUGAUAUGACAGUAUUAUUAUUAUGAACAAAGUUUAAUUGCUGCUUUAAAAGUCAACAACGUUUUUAAAGUAAUUAAUUUCUACUACGAAACUUGUUUUUAAAAGAGUUUCAUCUCUUGAUCUUACGAUAUUUCUUACCUGAUUGGUAAGCCUAGGUAAAAAGUUGUUAGAACAUAUUUUUAGUGAUAUUUAAAUGAAGGAUUCUACAAAAGUAAAAGAUAUACAGUAUAUUUUUAUAUGAAUGAAUGUUGGUUUGAGGCUGGCCAAGUAUGUGUAUGAUUAGUAACAGGUCUCAUAUUUACUAUAGCUCUGAAGUACUGGAACUCAUUUCCACAUGUAACAUAAAAUUCAACAUGCAGCUUGUUAGCUACAUCUCAUGUGUGUAUACACACACAAGUGUUUUGCAGCCAGUAAUAGUUGAUGUCCAAAACAGAUAACUGAUAGGUAGCAAAUUCUGCCUAAGAAAAAGAAUAGAAGGGAAAAGAAAGAAAAUGAAUAAAUGGUAUUGAUGUUGUCAUAAGCAGUUUGAUAUGAGUUUAUUAAAAUAGCGUCACUGACACAGAAUUUAGGGUUAAACUCAUAGUUUCUCAUACCCAUUAAAAUUUUGUAAGAUGGUAAAUGCUUUUGAAUCAUUGAAUGAGGUGGCUCUUUUGUUUUCAUGGGCAGACACUACCAAGAAAACUCCUUGCCUGUUCCCAGAGUUCCAGACGGAGGGGCGAGUUAAAAUGGUGACAGGAUUUCUGUCACCCCUCCUGACCCCCGUCUUCCUGUGCCUACCAAUGUUGGAAACCCUUCCAGUAGCUCUGGCCUGGUUGAAGCCCCUCAGGGUCACCUACAUUCGCAGCUCUCUGGGCUUCCCGGGGACCAACAGCACAGCUCAACCCCCAGUGGUUUCUCGUGCCCACAGCAGAGCCACACAGCCUAGCCUCUCGGUACGGUGCUUCUGUAUCAGCAGAUGUUUUCCCAAGUAUAUUUUUAAGCAGAUGCAAAAACGCUUCGGCUUGCUUCUCAAGAGGAGAAGGUAAAUCCUGGUUUAGGACAGAGUUUUACUGCUGAAGAAAUCAAAAAGAAAUUUUUCCUCAGUGCAUUAGAAAGUAAAGGAUACAUUAAAACGAUUUUUGAAGUAUGUUUUAAAUUUAUCUAAAAUAUUAGUUAUUUAAAUAGUUCAUAUGUGUGUUCCAAAGACGUGUUGAUAUGUAAUUAUAGUUUGUGCAUAUUAUCCCUUUUAACCUGUGCCUAACAACUAUACCUAAAUUAUUUUCCUAAUGUAACGAGUGUUUGUGACCGAUAAAGAUUUUCCAGAGCCAAAUAGUGGGAAUGAAAAAUUCCUUAAAGGUUAUCUAAGGAAAUUUAUUGUAAGGUUUGGUUUGGAUUGUGUCAUUUCUAAAAUGAACUAAUAUGGAAUCUUCAGUAAUUUGUAUUGUAUUGGAUUUUGUCUCAGAACUGUUACAUUAUAAAUAAUACCUACAUCAAUCAGA